AUGUCCGAAUCGGAAACUCCUCAUCGAGCUAAUCCAGGCAAGGUUCCGAGGAAUAUUCUGCCAUCUGUCGCAAAACAGAAAACCGCCCAGGCUUUACGUGACCAGCAGCGCAAGAUGGCUCGGGAAUUGACGAUUCUUCUCGACCGCCAUGAAUUGAUUUACGAGAAACUGCUUCGGAUAAAUGACUCCCUCAAGCCUGAACCUGUUAGUAUCCAUUUACUUAAGCUCCACCUAGAGACGCUCCGAAAAUGUGUAGAGGAUUUCGAUCAGGUACAUAUGGAAAUUGUUGCUAACAAGCCGAGAGAUGAGCGGGAAGAACAAAAAGAAGAAUAUCUGCGUUUUGAAACACUCCACAACCAGCUUUAUGUUGCGCUCCAAACAAAAAUUGAUUGUCUCACUCCCGCUCUCCCAUCGACCAGCAGUGAAAUGGCUCGACCAGUUCCCCCGCAACAUGUGUACGUCCAAGCUGCCGCUCCGCAACUUCAUGCUCCGUUUUCGGUCUUCGAUGGCAACCCGGAAAAUUGGUUCAGCUUCAAGAGCCUUUUCCAGAGCAUAAUGCAGAGGUACGCCAACGAGACUCCCGCCAUGAAAAUCCUGCACCUUCGAAAUUCAUUGGUCGGUGAUGUCAAAGACAAAAUUGACCAGGAUGUCAUCAACACCAACGACUGCGACUUGGCGUGGAGAAUACUGGAAAAUGCUUACGAGGACCGACGACUUAUUAUGGACACUCACAUUGACGCUGUUUUGCAUUGCCCCAAAGUCACCAUCGAAAACCGGGGACAAUGCAUAACUAAGCUGGUUGAAACAUGCACCAAACACGUCGAUGCACUCCGUGAUCAUGGUUUCCCAGCUGAAGGACUAGCCGAGCUUAUACUCGUUAAUGUAAUGUACAAAAAAUUGGACAAGGAAACCCAAGAGCAGUGGGAGACGAAACUUCCGAGGAACGAGCUACCUGAAUUUCAAGAAUUCAUCGACUUCCUGAGGGAGAGAGGACGAGUUCUGCUGCGCACAAGUCGCUCCCAGCAGCCAGCAAUGCAGCAGUCAACAGCACCUGCUAGACGUCCAACAUACGCUCCGAAACCAGCAGCACGAUCAUUCAUCCAAACUGCAAAGCAAUCGUGCCCCUGCUGCAAAGAGGACCAUUCCAUCUACCGGUGUCCCAAGUUCCAGCACAUGAAUUUGUCGGACAGGAAGGCUGUCGUCUCAAAGGCCAGUCUUUGCUACAAUUGUUUGCGAGCGAUGCAUCGAGUCAGCGAGUGUCCAUCGGAGCAAGGGUGCAAGGUGGAAGGAUGCAAUCGAAAGCACCACAGUUUCUUGCAUCCCACCAACUCAACCAGCAGCGUGAAUCCAGAACCAGAAAGUGUCCCUGAAACACCCACAUCAACGAAGUACUCUGCUACAACAUUGUGUACUCACUUGGGAGCCAUCACAAAGCAGGUACUUCUAUCGACAGCGCAAGUCUUGAUUGUCGGGAAAGGUGGCUCCACUGUUCAGUGUCGAGCGCUUCUCGAUUCCGGAUCCGACAGUCACAUCAUCAGCGAGAACCUGGCCUCCAAGCUUAUGGUAAAUAUGCGACGAGUGGACCUUCCGGUAAGUGGCUUGAAUGACAUCCAAACGCGUGUCAAUUAUGCGCUCACGACACGCAUCCAAUCCUGCGUGAAUGAUUAUUGCACCUCCAUGCUGGAAUUUUUGGUCGUUCCAUCGGUAUCCACCAAUCUACCCCUUUUCGAAGUAGACACGCAAACACUGAAAAUCCCGACCGGUUUGACAUUUGCCGAUCCAACUUUCCAUGUCCCGGGCUCGGUCGAUUUGAUAAUUGGCAACGAAAUCUUUUUCGAUUUAGUCCGAGAUGGUCGAAUAAAGAUCAAUAACAGCAACCUCACCCUAGCUGAGACUGAAUUAGGCUGGGUGGUGUCAGGUUACGUUCAGCCUAGAAAACCCAAACCUCUCCCACGCGUGUGUCAGCUCAACCGCAAAGACACCGAACUCAACGCAACAUUGGUCAAGUUUUGGGAAAUCGAAAAUAUUCCAACCGAAUCAAAAUUAUCCGCUGCUGAAGCUGCUGUUCAGGAACACUUCAAGCUCACCCACAUAAGAGACGAGGAUGGCCGCUACCAGGUACGUUUACCAUUCAACCAUCUCAAGGACCAGCUUGGUGGUUCCUACAGCAACGCGAAGAAACGACUCGACAGGCUAAUGGUUUCACUCGCACGGAAUCCAGUUCGUGCUGAGCAAUAUUCCGAGUUCAUGUCCGAAUACCUAGCACUCGGUCACAUGAAAGAGGUGAGCGCUUUGAUCGACGAGGGAUACUACAUUCCACACCACGCCGUCUUCAAGGAGUCCAGUUCCACAACCAAAAUAUAA